CUGUGCAUUGACACGACAGCGGCUUUCAAAAAGAUCACAAAAUCAAACGAAAAACACCUCUACUUUGUGACGCGUUCUCUUUCUCGCUUCUCUACGAACCCUAGCUUUCUCUCUCCGCGUUUUCCUUAAUUUUCUAUAUUCUGCAGAUUCUAGAUUUUCACGCACAUAAUAUUGGUAUUUGUAUCUAUAGUUCGACAGAGUUACUAUGGAUGGUAAGGAGAAGAUGGAUCCAACUGGGUCGAGCUGGAGACUCGGUGGCGGAGAUGAGUUUUUCUUUGGAAGUGACAAGGAUAGUAGCAUACUCAGCGAGUUCGUGUGGAAUAUUCCGGCAGAAUCCAGCGGUGGUUUCGGAGAUUCCGAUCGGAUAGACUCCAAUUUUGGGGGAGAGAGCUCAAAUGAUUACGUUUCAGUUUCAGCUCCUCAGAGAACUACUACUGAACAGACGGCGGAGGAGGAAAAAGUGGAGGCAUCGGUAUCUUGGAGCUCUUCGGAGGAUAAGCCGGAGAAGUCGUUGGCCUCCGGUGACUCCUCUGCCAAGCUGCCGGCGGAAACAGCGAGCAAGGCUAGAAAAAAGGUACAAAAGCGAAUUCGUCAGCCACGUUUUGCAUUUGUUACUAAAAGUGAAGUUGAUCAUCUAGAAGAUGGUUACAGAUGGCGCAAAUAUGGACAGAAAGCUGUAAAAAAUAGUCCAUUUCCAAGGAGUUAUUACCGGUGUACAAAUAGCAAAUGCAUUGUUAAAAAAAGAGUUGAACGUUCCUCUGAUGAUCCAUCUGUCGUGAUAACAACAUACGAAGGGCAGCACUGUCACCAUUCAGUUGGAUAUCCUAGAGGUGGACUUAUUUCUCCUGAUCUGGCUUCAUUUGCAAGCCGGUUGAGCCCUUCCGUCCAUUAUCCUGCAGGAUUGCAAAUUUCUCAAGAAAAUUCACUCCACAUUGCACAAUCACAGAAUGUCCCUGCUGCAGGCAAGAUUGGAGAAGUACAAGAGUCAAUAAGUUCACAUCCCCAAGUGGACCAAGGACUACUCGGGGAUAUCGUGCCAUCUGGAAUGCGAAAUGGUUGAAAAUGAGGGUAUGUCCUUUGCUCAUUAUCUUAAAUUUUAUUCAUAAUAGGCCAUUUGUCAACUUAUUUUGGUACGAUGGAAAAUAUAUAUGAUUGGAUGAUGGACAUAUGCACUAGGGAAGGGAGCACGUAUGAUAAUACAUUGUAUUUCACUUUAUAAUUGACAAUAUAUUAUUUUAUUUUUCAUUUUUAAUCUUGACCAA